CGGCGCCGCCGGCGCCGCCGGCGGCAGGCCGGGGGGCAGCGGCCCGGCGCCGCUGGGGGCCAGCGCGGCCCCGCUCGGCGGCAGGUGCGGCAACGGCACUGUCAGCCUGGCCGCGGCGGGCGCGGUGGAGCUCGUGGUGAGCACUUGGGCGGACGACCUGGCCUGGCUCGGAGAGCUUGACGUCCCCACGACCGUCUACGUGCACAACCGCAGCGCGACGAGACAGACCCUGGCUCAUUGCUUCAGUGAGAGCGGCGAGUGCUUCAAGCACCCGACGGGGAAGUUGAAGGCCGCGGAGGAGGCGCAGCGGCAGCUGGCGGCGUCGAGCGCGCUCCGGGCGAACGAGAUCCGCUUCGUGGACAUCCCGAACUUUGGCGACGAGGCCCUGGCCUAUCUGACGCACAUCGUCGAUAAUUACGACAGGCUCCCCGAGGCCGUGGUGUUCCUCCACGGUCACGAGUCGGCCUGGCAUGCGCCCAGGAGAGCAUGAAGAGAAUAUUGAACAGCACGUGCUUCUCGCAGGCGGUAGGGUAUCACAACUUGAACCACGGCGGUGGCGCCAAGCCGCUCAACUUCUGCGUGAGUCACCAAAGGCCUGCGCGAAACAUCGAGGUGGCGGCGAGAGACGAGGUCGAGACUCUGCUGAAGCAGAACUGGCUCCAUGUGUUCAAGGCGGCGUUUAACAAUACCUUCCCACGGCGAGUUUGCUUGGAUUGUUGUGCUCAGUUCGUAGUAUCUCGCGCCAGGUUGCAUAACCACCCUCGCUCGUUCUACGAUAAUCUCCUCCAGCUGGUGAGAGACGGUAAGACGACCAUGGAGCGUGAGUGGCGGAUGGUGUUCGUACCUGAGGACGUCCUUACCUCUGCCAGCAACCAAUACGUGCCACUCUGAACGCCUCAAAGCAGCUGGUGCAGAAGACAGCCGAAUCGAGGCCGAGCGGAACACUAUGCUCCGUUGUUGGAGGUUUUGCCCACAGUGAUUGGUCGCAGAAUCAUUGAAGAGUGGAUGAGCGGUUACUGCGGAACUGAUUGUUGUCGGCGCCUGAAGCUCGGAUCAAUCCAGCACCUUUACGUAUCAGUUCGAGCGGUGUUGCCUUUCUUGCUCGGCAUGGACGCAACAGUGCUUGUUUAGUUGCGCGCCUAAAUAUCUAAAUAUGUAUACGUGUUACAGUCAGCCCGCACAGUAGGGAUGAGAUGCUUUUGUUUUGUUCAGGUCCGAUGUUACAUGCCGCUUUGGG